GAUUCAUUUGAUCAAGACAGAGAUCACAUUUCGACAAUAGCUGAAGAAACACAGCAGAGUAUACGCAUCAACCCAAUAACACCAGAGUCCACAAACAAAUUCUCCAAUUUCAUCUCAACCUCACCACGUCAUAAAAACCAUGUCGGCUCCUCGGCCAACCUUUCGGAACAUCCAUGUACGAUUUUCCUACAACUGGGGCGUGAUGUCAAGAAAGCCAAGUUGGAUUCAACACCGACGAUCGGCUCUUUGAGAGUCUUGUUUAUGGAUCGCUUCCAAUUCAACCCUGGCUCAGAUAACUUCCCUGAGAUCUAUCUCAGGGAUCCUCAGAGUGGGGUUCAGUAUCAACUGGAAGACAUGAGCGAGGUCAAGGAUCGGGUGGUUUUGAGUCUGAAUAUUGAUGCGCUGGAUCAAGUCAAGACCCACAUUGAUUCCGGAUUAUCAACUUUGGCGAGGGAAAUCAAAGACUUGAAAUCGACUAUCACUACCCUUCGUCGACAAUCCAUCCCACCCCCACCAUUAUCAAGUGCGACACCUAUCAAGUCGGCUACGGAAAGCCAAUUCAAGCAAACUGCUCGUCAAGUGAUGAAGUCCUCGGAGACCACCGCGGAAUCUGGUACCCAAAAAACUGAACAGCCUGUUGAAUCCGGCUCCCCCCGACCGCCCGAUUCGGCGAGUAGUUCGUCUGAUUUGAGACUGCAACAACUCAACGGAACGUUCAAGAACCAAUACGGUGAAGUUCAGGCGCUCCGCCGGGACCUUGGAAUCCUGAGACAACUCUAUGGGACCUUUACGGGGGAGACAAAGAGCUUGUUGGCUGGCCUUCGAUCUCAAGCCGAAGCUGUCAAGCAAGCCGCGACUGCCAAAGUAGCCUCCUCACGGACAUUCAUCGAUGCGGGUAAAGUCAAACUGGAGACUCAGAGCCAAGACUUGGUGACCAAGGUCGAGUCCUUACAAGAUACUGUGGAGGACCUUAAGCAGGACGUCACGAAUCGGAAGAUGAAACCCAAGCCAUCGGCGAUGGUCACCGUAUCUCAGUCGAUCCAGACCGUCAAGGCUGAGCUAGAACAACUGACGAACCACAUCACGACGAUCAAGCCGGCAUGGAAGAAGUCGUGGGAAGACGAACUACAGAACAUUGUGGAUGAACAGCAGUUACUGAAUUAUCAAGAAGACCUGAUCAAGGACCUCAAAGAGGAUCUCGAAGCGGUCUCGAAUCUAUUUGGGCAUGUGGAGCAUUAUCUGGAUGCGAGGAAGGUAUCCAAGGUGAGACCGAAAGAGUUCAUUCCGAUCCUCAGUCCGACGACGAGUACUGGAGGCCUUCCAUCCGAUCCGAGGGGCGGAUUGGAGACGGUCUUGAUGCAAGUCAAGGGGCUCGAACCCAACCAAGAGAGUCGUCUGAAGGCGAUCGAAGCGGCCGAGAAACUCCGGGCUAAGAACUUGGAAGAGGUGCAGAAGGAGAACGAGUUUGCGCAGGAACUGGCGGGCUUUGUCGGGAAUAAGAAGCUCAAGAUGACCGGUGGACACGAAGAGAUUGAGCGGAUGCGGAAGAUUAAAUCCGAGGCUACGUUGAAAAGCAUUGCUACUUCUAAAACUUCAGUCGAUAAUAAUAAUAAUAAUAAUAAUAAUAAACAGGAUACUACUAGUCCUCUUGAGAUCAUAUCCGAAUCAGGGCCGACUGAGUCAUUGACGAAUCCUGAACCUUCUACCGACCCCGGGCCACCUCCUCCGACGAAUGACGAACUAUCGCCCGUCGAUACUCCAACUGAUGAGCAUCUGGAGAAGACGGAACAAGAGGAGGAUCAGAAAGCCGAAGACGAGCCUGAUCAGCCGAUCGUCGAUCCACCCUCAUCUGCCGAAAACAAAGAUCUCAAUGAUGAGGAGGAGGGCGGUGGAGGCACCAAUCAACUCGAAAGUAAUCUGGAUGGUGGGCAUGAUGAUGUUGCUGACAAACUGGAUGCUGAGGAGCGCGAUCAAUCUGUCCCUCAGGAUACUGGGCUUCCUCGUGAAUUAGAUGCAGACGAUAAGACUCAGAUUGCCGACGAGCCCUCUUGAACUCCCAAGCCUUAUAUCUCUUUCAUGCAAUAUCUCUCUCCUUUCCUCUGUUUUCUUUUGCUUUUUUUUCUUCAAUUCAAUUCAAUUCAAUUCGCCUGAUCUAAUUGUCUCUUUUUUUUGGGGGGGGGGGCGAGGUUGUCUCUUUUUUUCUUUUGAUAAUGUGUAUUGUUGAUAUCUAAAUAUAUAUAUGUGUAUGUGUGUGUGUGAGGAUUUGGAUCAGGGGAGGUAAAUGAUGAUGAGGGGGUUGAUGAUGCAAAUUCAAUGAUAGCUAAAAAAAAAGUAGUGCAUUUCCAGUCGAGUUCUCUUGGAAAUUCGCUUCAAUCUUUCUCAGACACGUUUAACUCUCUACUUCUCUUCUUUCUUCAUUUCUCUCGUCUC